AUAAAAUCAUAAUUAAUUAUAGAUUUUCAAAAUGAUCCUUUCAAUUUUCGCAUUACUAAUUGGCUUAACGACAGCUGAUAUCAUAGAUUAUUACCAACAUGGUACAAUGGCCAUUACAGACUUAAUGGACAUUUCAAAAUUUAAAAUAGCACAAAAAAGAGAUAUAAUUAUACUGUUACAAAAAGUAGUAUUAAGUUUUAUUUGUAUUGCUAUAUGCAUCCCUGAUUAUGAACAAUAGCUGUAGGUAUAUGGAAUAGCAUUUGUCUUGUUGUAGACAUCUGGCGCCACGGCUGUCUGCUUGUCGAAACAAUAGACAUCUGGCGCCGCACUGUCUGCUUGCCUAGUUAAACAAUUGCUGAGUCUGGCGCCGCGACUGUCUGCUUGCGUCUGGCGCCGUAUAGCCGUAUGUUCUGGUAAUUUCCAGGCACGAUAUUCUAGAAGGACACGUCGGCAUCAGCGAGAAGUGCGUGGCUAUAUAAGCCGUGGCAGCGCCAACGUAAUCAAUCAGUGCUAAGAGUAAACUGCUAUAGUGUAGACGAGUUGUGAAAUAAAGAGUUGUUGAAUUAAAUUAAACAGUGUUGAUUUUAUUUGUCAAUCCAGAGAUACGAACCUAACAAAGUAAACUAGCAAGAGUAAAUUCGUAACAAUUGGUGUCAGAAGUGGGAUUGUCAAAUAAUCCAAAUUCAAGAUGGUUAAAUUCGGAGAAUUGAGAAUUCAGCAAUUAAAAAGGGAACUGGAGGAGCGUAAUUUGCCGAUAAGCGGGCAAAAGGCGGAUCUGCAGGCACGACUACGUGAAGCAAUGGAAGCGGAUGGAAUUAAUGUGGACGAGUUCGAAUUUGAUGGGCCAGGAACUUCUACAAAGGUAAAUAGAAGAAAAUUAGAAGAACAACGAACAUCAUCAAGUGUAGACACUAACAUGCUAUUAGUGGCUAUUAAGCAAAUAGCAGAAAAUGCAAUGCAAACAGAAAAUCGUCUGGCACAGCAAAUGACGCAAAUAGCUGAAAAUGCAGAAAAUGCAGUGCAAACAGGAAAUCGUCUGGCACAGCAAAUGACGCAAAUAGCUGAAAAUACAUCACAGUUAGAGUCUCGCCUUACACAACAAAUGACUGAAAAUAAUACGCAGUUAGAAAAGCGUUUGGUACAACAGAUUACAGAAAGUAAUACACAAGUGCAACAGAAAGUUUCAAAAUUGGAAGACGAAUUAAGCACGUUAAAAAAUGACGAAGAAAAUUUUAAAUCAGAAGUUCUUCAUUUGAGUAAUCGGAUGCGAGAACUGCAACUGCAUGGCCCUGCACCAUCAACAAAUAAUCCAAGAUUGAAGGCACCCACGUUCGAUGGAAGUAUUCCAUUUCAAAUUUUCAAACUUCAGUUUGAAAAGACAGCAUUGGCCAAUAACUGGAAUGCAGCGGACAAAGUGGCGUCCUUGUUUGUAUCAUUGAAAGGACCUGUGGCAGAAAUCCUUCAGACUAUUCCAGACUGUGAACGGGACAACUAUGAGGCAUUGAUGAGUGCGAUAGAAAGACGAUAUGGUAGUGAGCACCGGAAACAAAUAUACCAGAUCGAACUGCAAAAUAGGGGUCAGAAGAUGAACGAGUCAUUGCAAGAGUUCGCAACUGAAAUCGAACGACUGGCUCAUUUGGCAAAUGCAGAUGCACCUGUGGAUUACAUUGAGAGGGUAAAAAUUCAAUGUUUCAUAAAUGGAAUUCGUGAUGUGGACACCAAACGCGCCACAUAUGCAUUGCCAAAAAGAACGUUUGCUGAAACGGUUUCGCACGCCCUCACACAGGAAACAGCUUCCCUACUAAGUAAACCAGCACACAAAGUACAAAGGGUUGAAAUGGAACAACCGGCGCUGAUGGAAGAAAUAUUGAAGACUCUGAAGACAAUUGCUGCACAGCGAGUAAAUACAACAGGCAGAUGUUUCAACUGUGGAAAAGCGGGUCACUUUGCCCGAAAUUGCAAUAUAAAGGUAAACCCAUCAAAACGGAACCAACCAACAGAACACCGAAAGAGGAUUCACCACAAAAAUGCGGAUGCAUUAUCGCGUCGCCCUUGUCCACCGGAACGUAAACAUUGCUCCAAAUCAGAGAGAAGAGAAGGUAUAAUCGACGUGCGAUUACUGAAUAUAGAACCUGAAGACGAUUGGACUCCUCACCGCAUCAGAAUCAAUCAGCUGGAGGACCCUGAUCUUGCAAAGCUGGUAAUGGCCAAAGAAAAUGGGGUACGACCACCAAAGGAACAAAUAAGUAGCGAGAGUCCAACUGCAAAAGCAUAUUGGGCCCAAUGGAACAGCAUAAACCUCGUUAAUGGAUACCUUCAUCGUACCUGGGAAAGCGAAGAUGGCAAACAGUCUCGUCUGCUGAUCAUAGUACCGAAGUCCAUGAUCCCGAAAGUAUUGAAAGAAUAUCACAAUGAACCUAGUGGAGGGCACCUUGGAAUUACAAAAACUAUAGAGAAGAUUAAACAACGGUUCUACUGGAUCGGCUGUCGAGAUUCCAUAGCAGAAUGGAUAAGUAAUUGCGUAGAGUGCAUGGCAGCUAAAGGUCCUAAAGCCAAAAGUCGCGGUAGGCUACAACAGUACAACGUGGGAUCACCAUUUGAAAGAGUCGCAAUGGAUGUUGCAGGUCCGUUUCCAACCAGUACGGCCGGAAACAAAUAUCUACUGGUUGUCAUGGACUAUUUCAGUAAAUGGCCAGAAGUAUAUGCCUUACCAAACCAAGAAGCGAAGACAGUAGCCGAAGCGUUUGUAGAAAAUUGGAUAACAAGGUUCGGAGUGCCCGUCGAAUUACACUCAGAUCAAGGCAGGAAUUUCGAAUCUUCCAUUUUCCAAGAAGUCUGUACAUUAUUGGGCAUCCACAAGACACGGACAACAGCGUUACAUCCACAAUCAGAUGGAAUGGUGGAGAGAUUCAACCGAACGCUCGAAGAACAUCUGCGGAAAAUCGUUGAUAAAGAUCAACGGAAUUGGGACAAGUGCAUCCAGAUGUUCCUGCUGGCGUAUCGUUCAGCGAAGCACGAGACAACUGGUUACACGCCAGCAAAGAUUAUUUUCGGAUCUGAUCUGCGACUCCCUGCUGAUCUUAAGUUUGGAACGAAUCCUACAGCUGUAAGAAAUGAUGGAGAUUAUUGUUCUGCCUUAAAGGAAGAAAUGAAUGAAUUGCAUCUAAUGGUAAGACAGCAUACGCAUCUGAUGAGCAAUAAGAUGAAGGACCGGUUCGAUCAAGCGGCAAAUUCAAAAGGUUUUGAAGAAGGUGAUCUGGUCCUGUUGUACAAUACCCUUCGAAAGAAAGGCUUGUCCCCGAAAUUGCAGACAGCCUGGGAAGGGCCCUAUAUGGUGAUGAAACGACUUAAUGACGUGGUAUACCGCAUACAAAGAAAUGGAAAAGCACGAUGUAAAAUGAAAGUAGUACAUUUGGAGAGGCUCGCCUCAUUUGGUUCAAGAGGAUUUAUGCCUAAUCGGGACGAUUAGGCUUAAGUGGAGGGCAGUGUUACAAAAGUAGUAUUAAGUUGUAUUUAUAUUGCUACAUGCAUCCCUUAUUAUGAACAAUAGCUGUAUGUAUAUGGAAUAGCAUUACGUGUGUUUGUCUUGUUGUAGACAUCUGGCGCCGCGGCUGUCUGCUUGUCGACUUAAACAAUAGCUGCAUCUGGCGCUGCGGCUGUCUGCUUGUCUACUUAAACAAUUGCUGCGUCUGGCGCCGUAUAGCAUAAUGUUCUUAUAAUUGCCAGACGCAAAAUUCUAGAAGGACACGUCGGCAUCAGCGAGGAGUGCGUGGCUGUAUAAGCCGUGGCAGCGCCAACGUAAUCAACCAGUGCUAAGAGUAAACAGAUAUAGUGUAGACGAGUUGUAAAAUAAAGAGAUUUUGUUGGAGUGAAUUAAACGGCUUUUGGUCUCAUUUGUCAAUCCAGAGAUACGUGCGAUUCUGUAACUUGAGACAGUCUCAAGUCUCUAAAUUUGAGAUUUCAAGUUAGAGACAAUUUUUGAGACUUGAGAUGAUAUUGCUAUUCUGUAAGUGACAGUCACAAAAUCUAUUACAUUUCAUUAUUCAGAAAUGUUUUUACACUUGAAUGAAAAUAAAUAUGUCGAUAAGAAAUAUUAAAUUUCCUAUAACAUAGUCAAAAAACAUAAUUAUCAAUAAAAAUAAAAAUAUAUGUUGACUUUGUUUCAUAAUAUUUACGAAAUUUAUGUAAAAUUGAUUUAUUUUUCAUGUUUUCGUGUUUGAGUUGCUUACAAAAUAUAAAGAAACGACAAUCGAUUAAUAUCUAUGAUGAUCUCUAUUCAGUAUAUUCAAAAUGGCAGACAAGAGCUCUUUUUAGUUUUGUGACCUGCUAACUAGGGGCCAUCCAUAAAUUAUGUCAUACGAAUUUAAGGACUUUUUAACCCCUUCCCCCUCCUUGUCACAAGUUGUCACAUUUUGAUCUUCCCCCCCUUUCGUGACGUCACACAUUUUCCAAUUUUAUGGAUUUAUCAAAAAAAAAAGGUUAUUCUAUUUAUUCUUAUAUUUAUUGAAUAAUCUUUAAUAAAAUCAACAUUUCGUUAACUAUUAAAGUACAGACACAACGAAUGACUAGUCAAGAAAUAAUAGAUACUUAAUUAUGCUAAUUAAAAAUACAAAACUUAAUCAUGUUGUGUCCAUGGAAUUUUGACCCACUCCUUUAUAUCAUUUAUUGCUGGUAAAUCAGGCACUUCAUUUUCGUUCUGAAUUCGGAGGACAGGAACAUUUUUCGUAUCAACAUCGUCUUCUUCCAUCCAUAAAGCAUCGCCAUCAUUCAUUAAACAGAGAAUCUCUCGGUCAUGUCUAGCCGCAAUUCUUUGAGGACGAAUUUUCACGAUAUAUUACAGCUCUUGUUUUUUAUGUGAUUGUUUGUGUUGAUUGGUGGCUUAAUAUGAAGAAAAAUAUAGGCCACAUAUGCUACACGAUCUUUUAAAUAAGUAUGACUCGACACUAGGGCAAUAACUUGUUUCAGAUGGGAUGAUGCUUGGAGAUUUAAUAAUAUCUGUAGUAAUAAUGGAGCAAACAUAGCGUUGUCAUCACUCCCUGUGACUCCAUAACCUUCUGAUGUCUGUUUAAUUAACACAGGUGGUGGUAAAAAUGCUUCUUUUAAUAAUUUCCAACGACUACGACGUCUUACACCGCAGCGGCCAAUAGUUUCACAUUUAACUAUUUCUAAAAAAUGUUGUGACUCACGUACAUUAGCUUACCAAGUAGCAUUAUUUUUCAACAUCAUAGCCUGUUCAAUAUCUAGUCCAGUAACAGUUGGUGCAACACAUUCAACAACGACUGGAAAAUUAUCAAUGACUAACUUGCCCCAAAGGUCAGCCAACACAUUGCCCGCAUUUUCGAAGCUUCGUUUUUCUAGAUCUAAGUCAGCAGUUCGAAUACUUGAAUCAAGAUGUGACCCAAAAUCAUCAUUACUUAAUAGUACACCAGUAAGUUCGCGACUGAGAGGUACCAUGCGUGGGGCAUUUGUAGCUAUAUAAAUUGCAUCUAAAUGAAAAUAUUUAACAUGUUGUAAAGCUGAAACUAUAACGCAGGAGACAAUUUUGUAACUUUGAUUAAAUUAUAAUAAAGUACGAUUCGCAGAAGAGCCCCAAUGUUUACAAAUUUAUUGUAACGAACCCUGGACACGACGAGUAUACCUCAGCAAGUUAUACUUGUAAGAAGCAGGGGCAGUAAAAAGCUUCGUUACAACUUAAGUAUUAAAAACAAAGAGUGUGUUUAUAAAUGUUUAAUAUUUUUUGUUUACCUAUAAAGUUCACGUUUGUACAUCACAAAUUUUGAAAUGUGAUGUCACAAAGCUUUUGACCCCCCCCUGCCCCUUGUCACACAAUGUCACUUCUGAAUGAUACCCUCCCCCCCUUUCAAGGUGUGACGUAAUUUAUGGAUGGCCCCCUACCAGGUCUCAAUAUUUUGAGACUAACGCUAGAGACUGUUUAGUGAAUAGUAACUAGUCUCAAAUUGAGACUUUGCCUCAAAAUGUUUCAAAUAGAGACUAGAGACUGGUUACAGAAUCCCGCUAUUAUUCUAAUAACAAUGACACCACCUAUUUUUCUUGAUAUGAGAGUACAAAAGUUUUUAAAAAUAUUUAUUUAUACAGUUUUAUUCUGAUAUUUAUUCCAACAACAGUGAACUAAGAAAUCCAUUAUUUAACAUGAAACAACAAAUUUAUGGAAGAAAACCCCAAUAAUUGCGACAAAAUCUACACACAGUACGAAGCUCAUACUUUGUACUUUGUUAUAAUAACGGUAAAGUAGGCUUUUCCUUUAUUAUUAUUAUGUUUACUGUUUGGCAUUUAUUAAAUUUAGUAUUGGUUUAAACACUUGAAUAGCUAGAAUGGCUCCACGAAAAGAAAUAUCAAUUGAUGUAAGACAUUUGGUGAUAAAACAAGUGUUAAAAUAUCAUUGAACAUGCACAUGAAAUACUAUUAAAAAUAAAUAGUAUCUAUUUUCAAACAUACACACAUACAUUUGUACACAAACAGCCAUAUGCAUUUAUAUGCAAUGCGCAUCCAUUAAAAAUAAAAAUGCAUGGGGAGUCAUAAAUGCGUGCAUUGAAUUGAACAUUUGAAAACAACCACCUAUCAACCCACUAGCAAAAGGUAAUAGGUAGUGUAUGAGUUGGUAAGAGCCAAAGUGAGGGUCUUACUGCUGAAUUCAUUGCUGAAUUUUAACACAGCGAUGUCCUUGGAAUUUCAGAACAGAUCAACUCACAUACCAGGGAUACAAAUCGAUCAGCUGUAUGUAUUACCAAGCUAUAUAUCUGAAGACAUGAAUUAGUCAGUUGUAAGCAUUACCGGCUCACAUACCUGGGUAUACGAACCCAUCUUCUUCUUCUUAAUUGGCGUAGACACCGCUUACGUGAUUAUAGCCGAGUUAACAACCGCGCGCCAGUCGUUUCUUUUUUUCGCAACGUGGCGCCAAUUGGAUAUUCCAAGCGAAGCCAGGUCCUUCUCCACUUGGUCCUUCCAACGGAGUGGAGGUCUUCCUCUUCCUCUGCUUCCCCCGGCGGGUACUGCGUCGAAUACUUUCAGAGCUGGAGUGUUUUCAUCCAUCCGGACAACAUGACCUAGCUAGCGUAGCCGCUGUCUUUUAAUUCGCUGAACUAUGUCAAUGUCUCGUACAGCUCAUCGUUCCAUCGAAUGCGAUAUUCGCCGAGGCCAACGCGCAAAGGACCAUAAAUCUUUCGCAGAAUUUUUCUCUCGAAAACUCGCAACGUCGACUCAUCCGCUGUUGACAUCGUCCAAGCCUCUGCACCAUAUAGCAGGACGGGAAUUAUGAGAGACUUAUAGAGUUUGGUUUUUGUCUGUCGAGAGAGGACUUUGCUUCUCAAUUGCCUACUUAAACAAUUGCUGCGUCUGGCGCCGUAUAGCAUAAUGUUCUUAUAAUUGCCAGACGCAAAAUUCUAGAAGGACACGUCGGCAUCAGCGAGGAGUGCGUGGCUGUAUAAGCCGUGGCAGCGCCAACGUAAUCAACCAGUGCUAAGAGUAAACAGAUAUAGUGUAGACGAGUUGUAAAAUAAAGAGAUUUUGUUGGAGUGAAUUAAACGGCUUUUGGUCUCAUUUGUCAAUCCAGAGAUACGUGCGAUUCUGUAACUUGAGACAGUCUCAAGUCUCUAAAUUUGAGAUUUCAAGUUAGAGACAAUUUUUGAGACUUGAGAUGAUAUUGCUAUUCUGUAAGUGACAGUCACAAAAUCUAUUACAUUUCAUUAUUCAGAAAUGUUUUUACACUUGAAUGAAAAUAAAUAUGUCGAUAAGAAAUAUUAAAUUUCCUAUAACAUAGUCAAAAAACAUAAUUAUCAAUAAAAAUAAAAAUAUAUGUUGACUUUGUUUCAUAAUAUUUACGAAAUUUAUGUAAAAUUGAUUUAUUUUUCAUGUUUUCGUGUUUGAGUUGCUUACAAAAUAUAAAGAAACGACAAUCGAUUAAUAUCUAUGAUGAUCUCUAUUCAGUAUAUUCAAAAUGGCAGACAAGAGCUCUUUUUAGUUUUGUGACCUGCUAACUAGGGGCCAUCCAUAAAUUAUGUCAUACGAAUUUAAGGACUUUUUAACCCCUUCCCCCUCCUUGUCACAAGUUGUCACAUUUUGAUCUUCCCCCCCUUUCGUGACGUCACACAUUUUCCAAUUUUAUGGAUCAAAAAAAAAGGUUAUUCUAUUUAUUCUUAUAUUUAUUGAAUAAUCUUUAAUAAAAUCAACAUUUCGUUAACUAUUAAAGUACAGACACAACGAAUGACUAGUCAAGAAAUAAUAGAUACUUAAUUAUGCUAAUUAAAAAUACAAAACUUAAUCAUGUUGUGUCCAUGGAAUUUUGACCCACUCCUUUAUAUCAUUUAUUGCUGGUAAAUCAGGCACUUCAUUUUCGUUCUGAAUUCGGAGGACAGGAACAUUUUUCGUAUCAACAUCGUCUUCUUCCAUCCAUAAAGCAUCGCCAUCAUUCAUUAAACAGAGAAUCUCUCGGUCAUGUCUAGCCGCAAUUCUUUGAGGACGAAUUUUCACGAUAUAUUACAGCUCUUGUUUUUUAUGUGAUUGUUUGUGUUGAUUGGUGGCUUAAUAUGAAGAAAAAUAUAGGCCACAUAUGCUACACGAUCUUUUAAAUAAGUAUGACUCGACACUAGGGCAAUAACUUGUUUCAGAUGGGAUGAUGCUUGGAGAUUUAAUAAUAUCUGUAGUAAUAAUGGAGCAAACAUAGCGUUGUCAUCACUCCCUGUGACUCCAUAACCUUCUGAUGUCUGUUUAAUUAACACAGGUGGUGGUAAAAAUGCUUCUUUUAAUAAUUUCCAACGACUACGACGUCUUACACCGCAGCGGCCAAUAGUUUCACAUUUAACUAUUUCUAAAAAAUGUUGUGACUCACGUACAUUAGCUUACCAAGUAGCAUUAUUUUUCAACAUCAUAGCCUGUUCAAUAUCUAGUCCAGUAACAGUUGGUGCAACACAUUCAACAACGACUGGAAAAUUAUCAAUGACUAACUUGCCCCAAAGGUCAGCCAACACAUUGCCCGCAUUUUCGAAGCUUCGUUUUUCUAGAUCUAAGUCAGCAGUUCGAAUACUUGAAUCAAGAUGUGACCCAAAAUCAUCAUUACUUAAUAGUACACCAGUAAGUUCGCGACUGAGAGGUACCAUGCGUGGGGCAUUUGUAGCUAUAUAAAUUGCAUCUAAAUGAAAAUAUUUAACAUGUUGUAAAGCUGAAACUAUAACGCAGGAGACAAUUUUGUAACUUUGAUUAAAUUAUAAUAAAGUACGAUUCGCAGAAGAGCCCCAAUGUUUACAAAUUUAUUGUAACGAACCCUGGACACGACGAGUAUACCUCAGCAAGUUAUACUUGUAAGAAGCAGGGGCAGUAAAAAGCUUCGUUACAACUUAAGUAUUAAAAACAAAGAGUGUGUUUAUAAAUGUUUAAUAUUUUUUGUUUACCUAUAAAGUUCACGUUUGU